GCGGGCGGGCGGGCGAGGAACGGCGAGGUCAGCGGCGCCCCGCCCAGUCGGCCAGGUUGCGCGUGCCCAGGGCGGCCGCCAAGAUGGUGGUGGGCGCGUUCCCCAUGGCGAAGCUGCUCUACCUGGGCAUCCGGCAGGUCAGUAAGCCGCUGGCCAACCGCAUCAAGGAGGCCGCCCGCCGCAGCGAGUUCUUCAAGACCUACAUCUGCCUGCCCCCGGCCCAGCUGUACCACUGGGCAGAGAUGCGGACCAAGAUGAGCAUCAUGGGCUUCCACGCUGAGUCCAUCAAGCCACUGAACGAGGAGGCCGCGGCCGAGCUGGGCGCGAACCUGCUGGGCGAGGCCAUCAUCUUCGGCUGCGCCGGCAGCUGCCUGCUGCUGGAGUUCUGGCGCCAGCAGUCACUGAGGCGCCGCAAGGAAGGGGAGCGCGUGGCCUCCCUGCUGUCGCUGAGGGACGACUUGGACCGCCUGGAGCACGUGGUGGGCGAGCUGCAGGUGCAGGUGCAGGCGGCCGUGCAGAGGAGCGAGCUGGACCAGCUGAAGGCCGAGCUGCGGGCGGAGCUGGAGGAGUUCAAAGGCCAGAUCUGCACGGAGCGCCAGGAGCCGGAGCCGGAGCCGGAGCCUGAGCCCGAGCCCCAGCCUCCCAAAGCCUCCUUGUAGAGACCGCUAGACUGACCUCGGAGGACGUGGACUGCUGUCAGGCCUUGUGUGCCUGGCCUCUCUGCAUGGGCCCAUCCCCGACCUGGGCCAGCUGGCAAUGCCCUGGUCUCGGGACAGAGAGGUCCUAGGCCGGGAGUGGUGUGAGUGCCCCUUUCCUCUCACCCACUGGUGGGGCAUGCCAGGGACGCUCCCAGAUUCCCAACCCUGGCCACCAGCACUCGGAUACCGUACUUGGAAAGGGAGGGCACAGCCACCUAAGAACCCCUCGCCUAGGGCACUGGCCCACCACACUGGAACACUCCCUGCCUUGGAGUCCGACCCCACCUCCUUCCAUCUACCUCACUUUUAAGGGAAAGAGGCCGGGUCUGCACGGUCACUCUGGCUCUCCUGCCUUUAGUCCGAGGCGCCUGUCUGGCAUUCUCUCCUUGGUGGACCUUCCUCUAGUCCAGGUGCUGUCCACAAGCUGGCCGGGUGCCUCUUCCUCAUCAUGUCUCAGGAGGAAGUUGGUUCUAACCAAAAAUGAGCCAUUCUAUCUCAGUCCCAUUCACCUGUCUCCACUCAGCCCUCAUUUCCACCCCCCCACAGCCUCUUUACUGGAUUCUGUAAGGAACCACCUGCACCCCUAACCUCCGUCCGCCGCCACCACCACCCACGUUUCACAGCAUUCUCAGGGACCCCCCCCCACCUUAGGUCUUCCAGGCAAAAGCCACUUAAAAUAAGACAGACAGCCUCACCUCUGACCAAAUGGAACAUCCCAGAAGACCGAUUCACUCCCUUACCCACUCCUUUACUAACCCACUGGGCCACAAAGGGGUGGCCUAUGAGCUCUGACUUCUUUUUUUUUAAUAUUUUAAAUGUUUUAUAAUUAAAGGAGCCCCAGGUUAAAGAGUGUGUCUCAAACCAUCAUGUGCUGAGUGGGCAGAAGUGUCACUAGGAAAGGACUUGGGGAGGGGAGGCAGUCACUUCUGAGACCUUCCCAGAGUUCAGCCGUAAGACUUAAGGGACACACCGCCCCAACACUAGGAUGGAGGAGGCCGGCUGGAGGACCACCGAGGGGAAGGGCAGAACCAGGAGUGCGGACGACAGGACAGGGGGAGCGGGAGGCAGGGGGAGCAGGAGGCAGAGGGCCGUGGCAUCCUUGCAAGGGUUCCCACAGCUGGCAGGAACCCCCCUCUUCCAAGUCACUCCAGAGACCUUCACAUUUAUAAAAACCGCAGAUUUAUUCAGCGAGGGCCCGUGUCCACGAAGCUAAGGUGUGGAAGUCGGAGGACCUAUUUUUCCUCUUCUCCUUCCCCUGACUUCAUCUUCCCAGAGGGCAAAAAUGGUCUGGACCCUGAAAUCCUAACCCAAAUAAAAAAACCACAAAACUGAGGUUCCAAAAACAUUAAAGAAUCUUAAUUCCUCGUAGAAAAGAGGGAGGAGCCAAGGCAAAGGGGGCGGUGUUCCUCGGGUGAGGGGAAUCCCUCCCACCUGCUGGGAUACCUCCCCUCUUACAUAGCUGCCUCCAAUGGGAUAAGCCUGGGGUUAUAGCAUUUAAAAACUCCCACACCCCAUUUUAUCAAAACCAAAGAGAAAAAAAAUUUCCCUUCC